AUGUGUAUAUGAGUGUGUUUAUGUGUGUGUAUGUGUUUAUAUAUUUGUGUGUUUCUGUGUGUGUGUGUGUGUGUGUGUGUGUGUGUGUGUAUGUGUGUGUGUGUAUAUGUCUGUGUGUUUGUGUAUGUGUGUGUGAGUGUGUCUGUGUGUUUGUGUUUGUGUAUAUGUAUCUGUGUGUUUGUGUAUAUGUGUGUGUGUGUGUGUGUGUGUGUGUAUGUAUCUGUGUGUUUGUGUAUUUGUGUGUGUGUGUGUGUGUUUAUGUGUCUGUGUGUGUAUGUGUGUGUGUGUGGAGGUGCAAUGCCAGAUGUUUGCAUAAUUCCAAUUUUAUUUCUGAUGAUUUCUAUUUUAUCAGUGUAAUACUUCCCAAAGAAGGAGGACAGGAAACAGGUCUUCACCACAAGAUACCGCGAUGUCCCAGAGAAGCGAUACCGUGUUUGUCUCAUCUUUGGGUAAAGGAGAUAGUUUACAUCAACAAGUUUUAGCCGCUUUCCCCCUGUGCCAGAUGACAGAAGGUGAUUUGAUCCAGAACCCUUUAUUCUGUAAAUUACUGGCAACUCUUUCCCAGCAUGUGGACCGAACCGGACUCACACAGCACCUCAGGAGAGAUCUUGAGAAGGCCGAGCGUGAGUUGCACACACAGAGGUUGGGUUGGCUGCGAGUGGAGAGUCUUCAUCGGGUUCUUCAAGAGAUCGUCCAGGAGCAUCGCUUCAGUAAAGACUCCAAUGCAGACGAGAAGUUCUUCAGCACAUUAGAGCGAUGUCUGCUGCUGGGUCAGUGUGUGAGACAGUUAGACUGCUGCUCUGAUCUCAGUGAACAUCACAACACUGUUCUGGGACUGUCUGAGGAGAGACUGAUGAGACAGAUGCCCCCUGAACAGGAGGUGUUACAAAUGAAUCAGAGGUUGCCAUCAGAACUCCUGAAGCAUCUAAAGAAGAAGGCCGUUAAUAUGCUGUCAUACUAUCAGCCUGAGUGGGAGAAUGAAAGUGAAGGUCUCAGGAAUGUCAAACUUUCUAAACUUCCCGAACUUCUAGACAGCGAACAACAGAAAGCGAAGAGCCUUACGGAGAAGAACCGAGAGAACAGCACUUUACUACAACGACAAACUCAUGCUUACCUUUCUGAGCUGUUGAAGAGCAUGAAGAUCCUGCAGUGUCUUAUUCUAGAUCUCAGACUGAAAGCUCAGAAAGAUCUGGACAGGAAGAAGAUCGAGUACUUUGAGGCCAAGUGUGAGAUCGGCUUGCAGAGGAUCAGGUUGGAGAUGCUUCAAGUUCAGCUUGACACCUACACAAAAGACAAGAUCGCUGCUCAUAAACGAAUUACGGAGAAGCUCAAUGCAGAGCUGAAAACCUCAGAAAUGGAGAAACAGGCCGUGGAGUCCAAGCUGGCGUCAUUUGAAAUCUACGGCAAAGAUUUUGAGUCUCUUGUGGAGGAAUACUCGAGACUCCGACAGGAGAUCGCCACUAAAUCAUGGGCACUGAAGGAAUUUGCAACAUAAAUGGAGGUGAAAUCGCUGGAGGAGGAGUUUGAUUGUUACUUAAAGGGACAGUUCACCCCAAAAAUGAUCAUUUACUCCCUUUAUGCCGUCUCUAACUCGUAAUGUCAAGUCAGCUCAGAAAGGGCUUGACGCAGACACGUUUGCAUGUGUUGGAUCUGAUUGACUUGCUUUGUAUGAUCAAAAGCACAUGCAUCCUUCAAAGUAAACUCAAUCCACUCUUUGUAAAAAUAAUAAAUGAGUUGAAA